UUCUCACUCACAACCCUAAACCUAAUAUCCUCAAAAACCCUCUCAUUUUUUCUCUUAACUUUUUUUCACUUCCAUGGCUACUACCAAAACCAGGCUCAUUUCCACCAUUUUCAUCCUCUCCCUCCUUACCCUUUCACCCGUAAGCAAGGCGUGUUGCAGAUGCACCACCCCAACUCCAGCUAAGGACAAGUGCCCUAUUGACACUCUUAAACUUGGUGUUUGCGCCGAUGUAUUAGGGCUAGUUCAUGUAGUCUUAGGAAACCCUCCUUCUGGGACUAAAUGUUGUGCCUUAAUUAAAGGACUUGCUGAUUUAGAAGCCGCUGCUUGCCUUUGUACUGCUAUUAAGGCUAAUAUUCUUGGCAUUAACUUAAAUAUUCCAGUUACUCUUAGUGUUCUUCUUAGUGCUUGUCAAAAAGAUCUUCCUGAUGGCUUCAAAUGCCAAUAAGCUAAGGAGAAUCGAGUCUUAUCUCAAUGAAGCAUGACCACGAACUUUUCCUAAAUUGGACCCAUGAAUUUGAUUUUCAUUGCCCCUUUUUAGCCGUUCCUUUACCUCAGUCUACCUGUAAAAAAAACACAAAAAUUUUUUGUUUAAAAAAAAAGAUGGGAAAUUUUUUUCCCAUUAUUAUCAUUUAAUUUGCAUUUAUGCCUAGCCCAUUGGGAUUACUAUUAUUAUAUAGCAAAGUUCAUAACAAUAUGAACAUUGAUAUAUAUAAUUAUAAUAUGGCUAAGUUAUUUUAAAAAUUGUUAUUCUUCAUCAAUUAAUUUGCAUGUAUUUGUAAUCUCAAUAUAAUGUACUUUUAUUUAAAUUUGGAAAGUUGGAAUAUGUAUCAUUUUUCACCGAAAGAGUUAAACUUUGACUCUUGUUAUCUCUU